AUGUGCACCCCUAAUGGUAGUGGGUUUCAUGGCGACGCAAUGUACCAGGCCCAUUUUGGCGAUCGGGGUAUUGGUGAUGGUUGCGCUGGUGGUGGGGGCGGGGCGCAGUCGCGUUUUUUUGGUCAGGCAGCAUCUUCGCCGACAGGCGCCAUGACGGGGAGCGCCUCCAAUUUCUCACAGUGUGUUUACAUGGUGUGUGCCAACGGGAUGCCCUCACCGAUGAGUUUCGCGCCACAGAACGCCGUUCCAGUUGGUGUUCCUGUGCAGCCGGCACCCUGUAGCCCCACAAGCGCGGCAGUGAACACACUGCCCCAGCAGCCCCAGCAGCAGACAGCGUUCAUGGUGAACCUGGUAGAUGGGCAAUCUGUUCCUUGUGUGCCGGUCCAGCAGGUGCUGUUGGCAACGCCUGGCCCCAUGCCUCCUUCCCCAAUGCUCACGGGUGGCGGCGGCGGUUUCCAAAGGGUACGAAGCAGCUGUAGCGUGAAUCUCCAGAGCGAAGGAGGUCCUGGGGACUCUAAAGAGGGUAGUUUGUCUCCGUUACCUCCAGGACAGAUGAAUGGCAAACAGAUAAAAAUCACUUCGCCAACUCUCCCUUCAGUUGUGUCACCGACCGGAUUGCAUUCCAUGCAGAUGUCGUCAUUUGCCCAUCACUUCUCCUUGUCCCAAAUGACACAAGGUGGAGGCAGCCGUCUGUCAGAUGAGGUUUCCAGUAGCAGAAACAACAACAACGGUGGUGCUGGGGGCGAGCCUCGCGUCGACGUUUACGCUCCUGAUUUUACCUCUGUGAUUUCUCUGCCGGCUUCUGCGAUUGUACAUCAGCCUCCCCCUUCAUUAGGUGUGUCGCGGUUGGUUCUCUGUCGUAAGUAUAUACCUGGCCGCCCAGAUAGCUGCUGGAAGGGGGACAUGUGCAAGUUUGUGCACGCCGACCCUUCAGGAGCACCACGCUCCCAAAUUCAUGUAAAUUACGUUUGGCGAAGCGUUGAGCGAUGUACGUACCCUCACCUCCCUCCUGGGGAGAAGAUCGUUGUGUUGGCCCCGAACGGGCGACAGCCCGCAGAGACGUUUUCAAGUGAGCGUAUUCUUGUUACGCGUGGCAGCCUUAAUCGUAAGAGCCAUGUGGGCCCGCUUUCUCGUUGCGCGCACUACUACUUCAACCGCCUCUGCAACCGGGGUGAGAAUUGUAACUUCAUUCAUACGUUGCACAUUGAUCCAAACGUUGAAGUGGACUUUAAGCGCGCCCCAGCUUCUACUUCGAUUGCACCGAUUAAGAAGCGGGAACCACGCUCAAAAGGGCACGGUUCUGGAGGGAAUCAUGACCACGAGGCUGGCAACACUCCUGCACAAAACUGCAGUGACACACUGGCGCCACAACAGUCUAUGGGUCUUUCCGCGGGUCUUAGCGGAGGUUCUGACCCUACCUCCAGCGGUGUAUCGCCCCCGUCUCAGGCCUUCUAUCUCGUGGUACCACAAAACGCCACUCGCUCUUUGUCUCGCUCACUUUCUUCAGUAGGGGGUGGCAGCGAGCACAGCAUGAGUGGCGCGACAAACCCAUUGGAGUGGUCGUUCGUAGACAACUUGGAGGGUUCAGUUUGGUCAGAUGGCGAUAUCACUCCACAGUUGUGA